UUUUGUAAAAUGUCUUUAACUUCGGAUAAUUCUUUUAAUAAUGAAUAUGAUUAUUCUGACGACAUUUAUGACGAAUCUUUGUGGUCUACUACAAGUUUUUGUGCUGAUCCGCUUUUGACUUAUUCUCCAAACUCAACAUUCCCUUCAAUCAGUAAUUGCCUCCAACACGCAAUUUUGGAUCAACUAGCCCCAUUACUUUUACUUAUUUCUUUGCCUAUUUUGUGGAUUACCUUAUCUAAUGCUAAAAUUGAAUAUAAAGCAACUAAAGAGGAGGAGGAGGAAGAAGAAGAAAUUGGGAGGGCACCUCAUAGUGAAAUUGAAUUAAUUAAAAAAGUGUUGAUAGCAGUUUUGGCUGGUUCUCGUUUAUUUCUCUUUGUAAUAGCCAGUUAUGAAUUACUUUGGCAAAACAAACCAAUUCCUUUAGCUUUUCUUUUUUAUUUCACCGAACAAUUUCUUCGCCUUUCUUUAGCCCCUCCAGGGCCAAUAUUUUGUGUUUGGCUAUUUUUUGUUUUGACUGGCUUACCUGAACUUUUUAAUUUAAUUAAUUAUUGUUUUGGAAAUGAAUUUUAUUUUUUGUCUACUUGUAUAGCCAAACUUGUGUGGUGGCCUUUAUGUUUUUUUCAAUUUAUUCUUAAUUGUUUUUCGACUAUUCCAACUGGACAUUCAAACCAAUCACCAGAAGAAAAAGUUUCCUUUCUCAACAACCAAUUAUUUAUUUGGUUUGACCCUCUAGUUAAAAUCGGCCAUAAAAGACCUAUAGUUGAAAAGGAUGUUUUCCGGUUGCUUCCGGAAAUGGGUGCUAAAAGACUUUUCCGAAGGUGGUGCAAAGAAAGGGCAAAACAACAAAAUGGGAAGAGUGGUGACUUCCAUUAUUCAACUUCCCAACUUAACGGCCCAUCAAAACAAAUCAAAGAAAAUAUUCAAAAUUAUAAUGAACGAACCCCUUUAUUACCAACUUACAAAGAAAAACAACAAAAAUUAAAAAACAAAAAGCCUCCCUCAAUAAUUAAUUGUUUAUGGAAUUUAUUUAGAUGGGAAAUUAUUGGGGCGAUGAUUGCCAAAUUAUUUAGCGAUUUAUUACAAAUUACAACACCCUUACUUUUAGGCCAAUUAAUUUCGUUUACUGAGGAUAUAAGUUUGCCUAAUUGGUGGGGAUUUUUAUUAGCUGGAGGGCUUUUUCUGGCAUCAGAAAUGCGAUCUCUUCUACAAAAUAAUUAUUUUAACAUGAUGAACAGUGUUGGUUGUAAAGUUCAAUCUGUUUUGACCUCUGCUGUUUAUGCAAAGACCCUUCGUUUAUCCAGCAGUGCGCGUCAUGGAAGAACUAGCGGGGAAAUUGUAAAUUUAAUGGCAAUUGAUGUUGAUCGUUUUUACCAAGUAAUUCCUUUAUUACAACAAAUUUGGUCUAGCCCUCUUCAAGUUGUUCUCUCUCUCUUUGUUCUUUAUCAAGUUAUGGGUUGGUCCGUUAUUGGAGGUGUUCUUUUUAUGAUUGCUUUAAUUCCUUGUAAUUUGUGUGUUGUUAGACGUACAAAAAUAUGGCAGAUGGAGCAGAUGACACUUAAAGAUGCUAGACUUCGAAUGCUUAAUGAAGUAAAUUAA